AUGAGCUCACUAACAAGGUGGAUAUCAGUCCUAAUGGCAUUUCUUCUCUUACAUUUUUGGAGAGCACAGGUCUGUGCUUCUGGAAACUCAGAGGAGGAAAUAGAUUUCACAUAUCUUAUUAUAGGAGUGACUCUGGGAGCAUUUCUAGCAAUUGGUUUUGUAGCAGUAAUAAUCUGCAUGAUCAAAACCCAAAUGAUUGACAAUGUCUUUGGAGAGUCGGAUGGCAAAAUGGAGAGAAG